GUUAAAAUGUGACGUCACAUCUUGGAAAAGAAGAAAACACAAAGACACUUUUACCUUGAUUUUAAAAAAAUAAGGAACUUUAUGGUAGAAAAAUUCGAGUCAAAUACCUAAUUAGUGAAGAAAUGAGUGAACUCACUCCAGACGAGAUAAGAAGAAGACGUCUGGCCAGGUUAGCAGGAAACCAGACUACCCCUCCAGAUGGAGACAGGUCAACAGGAACCCAGUCUACACCUUCUAGUCAGUCUUCAGAAAGACAAUCAAGUCAGUCAACACCAAGUCAAUCAUCAGUAGAUACUACACAAAGGCGAACUCUUCCAAGUACUUUAAGUGUAGACCCAAUCACACCAGACUCACAGAGAAGUAUGGAAGUGGAUUCAGAAUGCUCAGAAAAACAAUUCCAGUCUCAGAUGGAUGUUGAUUCUGGAAUAGAAACCAUGGAAGUUGAUGAAACAGAGACUAAAUAUGAUGUGAAGCGUCGACGGGAGGUCGGUGCUGAAGCUAAUGAAGAACAAAUGUUAAGUGCAAUAAGGUCGAUAUUCCUGGUGUCCUGGAAGGAAAGUUCAUCUGAUACGCUUCAUUUACCACAACUGAGCGACUCAGUUGACCAAGGUUGUAUAGAUUAUAAAGAUUUGGUAAAUGAGACAGUAAUGGAAGUUUUGUUGAAGAUAAGAGAAAGCUCUGAUAAUCCUAUCCUGAAACUUAGAACUGUAUCACCAAGGAAACCAGGCUCCAGUCCAAAAACAUCUUUAGCCCCCAGUUUACAAUUACGACGAGAAUUUAAGUAUGAACCAGAGAAAUGUAAGGAUACAGAUUUGAUAAACUAUUUACUGGACAGCUAUGAUAGAGUGGCUAUUGAAGAAAGAACAGCUCCUAAGAGAGCAAGUAUGCCACCUAUGAGUACAAUGUUAUCUUCAGCCAGGAACCAGUGUGUAUGUCAUACAGCAAUGGUUUUACAAGGAGUUUUUACUAGACCAAGAUCUGGAAUGUCCUUAUUAUUACCUUAUUUAUUGUCUCACAAUCUUCCUCGAGGAUUUCUACCAGAACUUGUACAGACAAUCUGUCCUGAUAGAGAUACAUUCUGUAAGAUAUUUGAACCAGUUCUCCACAGUUUAACACGGAUGAUUCAUCCUCUGUCUCUAGACAGUGAUGAGUAUAAGGACCCUCUUUGUGUGUUGACAGAGUUGUGUGAAAUAAAAAGUGGCAAUACAAGGCCAGUCUGCUCACUGAUAGUAAAACAGAGUAACUGGUUACCAGAUUCUUUAACACAAGCUGCAGGGAUAGAGUUAGAGAAGUUGUCUGUGUUAGGACCAUUUCUUGGUUUAUCAUUGUUUGCUGAAGAUAAUACUAGAGUGGUAGAGAAAUAUUUUUCUGGCCACCAGUUAACACCGGACAAUAUCAGGAUUACUCAACAGUCAUUACAACAUGGCUUAGAAUUUGUACGAAAUGAAUUAUAUAAGAUAACACAUAAUAUUCUAGUCAACUCUGAUAGCAGAGAUGCAGCCUUGUCUUUCAUAGCCACAUCUUUGGAGAGAAACUCUAAAAAGUCUCAAAUACAGGUAGAUGAGCGAUAUGUUGCAGGAGACGGCUUUAUGUUAAAUUUGUUAUCAGUUUUACAGAUGUUAACUGUUAAUAAAAUAAGUUUAGAAAAGGUAGAUCCUUAUUAUCCAUUUCAUCCUAAUUCCCGUGUCAGCAUUAAGUCAGAAACACGACUCCGAGCUCUGCCUAAUGAUUGUGACAAGUGGACAGAAAAACUCAAAUCUGAGAAGAAGCCCCCAUGGCAGGAUCCUAAAUUUCCUACGGAGUGCUUCUUUGUGACGUUACACUGCCAUCAUCUGUCUAUUGUGCCUGCCACACGACGUUACCAACAAAGGUUGAAGGCCAUCAGGGAUGUCAGUCGUAUGGUCGAUGAACUGGAGAAUACAGAACCAAUAUGGAGUAAACUUCCUAAUGCUGCUAGAAAUAAAGAACUUCUAAAGAAAUGGAAAUCUCAGGUCCAGAGACUAAAUAAAAGUAAACUUUGUGCUGAUGCUGCUGUGUUAGAUGAAUCUCUGUUACGAAGAUGCUUACAAUUCUAUGAAGUCCAUUCUGAUUACAUGUUAAAAGUAGCUGAUCCUAAAAGUUCAGGAGUAACUCUGCCACUUCCAACUGACGUACCCAUGCAGUUUGCUGCUUUACCAGAUUUCUACAUAGAAGAUUUAGCAGAAUUCUUACAGUUCAUUCUUCAAUAUGUGCCCCAUGUGGCAGACGAUCCCUCCAUGGACAGAAUACUACACUUGUUGGUAGUAUUAGUGUGUAGCAGUAAUUAUAUUGGAAACCCUUACCUGAUAGCCAAACUGGUAGAAGUUAUCUUUGUGAUGAACCCUGCCGUACAACCCAGGAGUCAGAGUCUCAACGAGAAAUUUUUAAUGCAUCCAUUAGCUUUACAACACUUAGUUCCAGCUCUCAUGAACUUUUAUACAGAUAUUGAAUCAACAGGAGCUAGCAGUGAAUUCUAUGAUAAAUUUGCUAUACGAUAUCAUCUUAGUAUUAUUCUGAAAGUGAUGUGGACAAUACCAGCUCACCAGAACAGAAUGAUAGAGGAAGCCAAGAAAGGCAAAUCAUUUGUGAAGUUUGUUAAUAUGUUAAUGAAUGAUACAACAUUUUUAUUGGAUGAAAGUUUGGACUGUUUAAAACGAAUUCAUGAAAUUCAAGAGGCAUUAGAAAAUACAGAAGAAUGGGAGAAACAAUCCAGGGAGCAGCAGCAAUCACGACAACGACAACUAGCUAUGGAUGAAAAACAAUGCCGAUCAUACCUCACCCUUGCCACGGAAACAGUUGAUAUGUUCCAUUAUCUUACACAGAAAAUUAUUGGUCCUUUUCUGGACUCGCAUUUAGGUGACAGACUGGCAGCUAUGUUAAACUUUAACCUUCAACAGCUAUGUGGUUCAAAGUGUAAGAACUUGAAAGUGAAAAACCCAGAGAAAUAUGGAUGGGAGCCUAAAAAACUGCUGGAUAGUUUAACAGAUAUAUACCUACAUUUAGACUGUGAUGCUUUUGCUAAUACUAUAGCUAAUGAUGAGAGGUCCUAUAAAAAGGAAUUGUUUGAUGAUGCAAUAGGUAGAAUGAGAAGAGCCAGGAUUAAAACUGAACAAGAGAUUGAUAAAUUCCGUAAACUACAAGAUAAAGUGGAAGAUUUGGUCAGGGACAAAAACUUAGCUGAAACAGACUAUGGGGAAAUUCCUGAAGAAUUCAAAGAUCCUUUAAUGGACACUUUACUAGAUGACCCUGUGAUAUUACCUAGUGGAACAGUCAUGGAAAAGUCCAUUAUAAUGAGGCAUUUAUUAAAUUCACAAACAGACCCAUUCAAUAGACAACCUCUUACAGAGGAUGAAUUAAAACCAGCUACAGAUCUCAAGAAGAAAAUUCAACAAUGGAAGAUUGAGAAAAGGAAGUCAAAACGUUAGAAUGAUUGAAAUGUUUGUUAUGGGAAUGGAUGAACUGUCAUGGAUGUUUGUCAGAAAAACUUUUGUCGAUUUAUCCGUGAAAUAUAUGGACUAUUUCAAAGAUUAUGCUUUUGUCAUAACUGACAGCUGUAUGGACCAUCUCAAAGAUGAUUCUUGGCUGAAAUAAUUCAUUUACUUUUGUGAAUGUGGAUGGAUUGUAUGACAGGUCAAUUUUCUCUGAUCUGUAAAAAUAAUAAGGAUUUAAAACCAUAAUAUUUUAGCUACAGGCUUAAGUUGGAGUAACUUUUUAUCAUAAGAUGUCAAAACAUUUCACUUGGUAGCAUUUAUUUUACUAGAAAAAGAUUUAGCAUUUGAUGUGUCAUAAAGAGAAAAUAGUUCAAAAUGGUUAAUCUACAUAACUUUGAAUGUAGUAGUUAUUACUUCUGAAAUGUUUGUCUUAAUAUAAAGUGUUAGAAUAUACAACAGUCUAUAAGGAAAUUAAUGGCUUCAGAAACAGUGAAUCUUUAUGUACAAUAGGUUUAGGUUGGUUAUAUGUAUUACAGUUAGUCAAUGAUGACUGUAAAAAACCAAAUCACUGACAUGCCAAAUGUUAUAAAGAUUUUUGUACUUUGUCUUAGGUGUGAUAUAUUUUAUGGGUCCCAUGAUCUUUGUUCUUGAUGUCAAAUAAUGUUUCAAUCUGAUUUAGAUACAGAUCCCAUGCCUUACUAACAAGGAUCAGAUAAAGCUCACUUCUACUUUCUGUUUAAAAAACCUUUCGGGAUCCUCUGGAUUUGUCAUAAUGAUUCUCACCUUCAGAAAUUUCAUUGACUAAAAAAAUGUAAUAAUUACAAGCACAGUAAGAAGGAAGGAGUGUUGUCAGAUCCUUGUAAACAAAAAGUGGACACAGGAUCUGUAUUUUAAUAAGAUUGUUGAUGUUUUGAAAUGUUCCAUGACAUGUAAAUGUUGUGUAUUUAUUUGAGAGAACAUCAGAGCUAUAAAAUAGCUAUCGUUCUUAUUUAGCUUUUGUUUGUUCACUUUUCUCUGACUCCUGAAGAAGUAACAAAAGAUAAUAUCAUUUGUAAAUUACAUUUUAUGAGUGUCAAUGUGCAAUCUGGUUUGUAGUUGUUUAGUUUCCUUAUUAAUAAGAUUUGAUUCUUUCAAAAGAAUUUUGUGUGCAAAUAAAGAAUAAGCAUGCUUUUCCUGGGAUUAGGGCAUUUAUAGUUUUCCAAGCGAAGGGUAUGAAGCCUUUGAAGUAAUUAAUUUUAAUAGCUACUACAUUUUGUUUAAUAAGUCUGUCAACACUGAAGUUGCAAGUUCAAACCAUGCUCUUGGCAAUGUGUGUUGUUAGACUUUGGUCUUAAUUGACUAGGAGCAAGAAUAGAGAUUUUUAAAUGUUUCAUUUUACAAAUAUCUGUUAAAAAGAUUGGACUAUCUCAUCUUUAUGUAAGGGAAUAUUGACAUUGGACAUACACCAGUUGUUUCUGUCAUGGACUGUUCUCGUAUGGGAUAAGGAUAGGUAUGGAAUCCAUUAUUCUUCUCAACUGAUAAACAAUGAUAUUGAGGAUGUUCGCUACUCUGUUUCAAAAUAACAAGCUUUUUAAAAGACUGUUAUAAAUAGGUAGUACUUAAAUAAAGAAACUAAAAAAGCAGAAAAAAAUAAUGGGUUAGCGUGCUUGUUUUUGAGAUAUAAGCCUUUGAAAUUUUUUGGGAAAUGAUUCUCUCUAGAUUUUUCAUACAUUUAACAUUGACACCUUUUUUCUUUCAAAAACGAUGAAAAAAUAACAAGGAUUUUAUAAGAUUUUCAAAGAUGACAUUUCAAACUAUAUGUAAUAAAAUUAUGGAAAGAAAGAUAGGGGUUAGUGGGCAAAAUUUUUAAUGGCACUACAUGGAUAAAACCAGAGGAUUCCGUAAAUCUGGCAAACAUUCAAAAACAAGAGGAGCGAACAUACUUAAAAGACAUUUUUUUGGCUAAUUAUUCUUAUUUGAGAUCAAGAAUAACCUGCAUUUUCCAAUCUGAAAAGCUCACGAUUUGUUGGCCUAAUUAUUUAUAAGAAAUACAUCAUGAUCAGUCUAUUUUGCUAAAAUGUUUUGUGAUACAAACUUUAAGGAGUGUUUAUAAAGGCAUUUUAAUGUAUAUGAAUGGACAUGGAAUAGAUAUGUGUGAAUAUGUGUGUUAAUAUGCUCAGUUUUGUUUUCCUUUUUCUUUAUUGCAUAGAAAUUAUAUAAGUUUGAUACUAUAUAUAUACAUCUGGUCAACAUGUCUGUUAUUACAAACAAAAUAAAAAUCUACAGGAGUGAAAGAAAACUACUAUUAUACUAACCAAUCUCCCAUUGUGUACACAUUAUAACAUUAAUCAGUGCACAAAAACACUUGUUGAUCAAGUGGUAUACAUAGUGCCAUUGAUGUUAAAAUGUCCAAUAUUGCAGGCUGUGGAAUAUCAAUCAUCUAUCUUUUUCUCUCAAUCUACUUGCCAACUUUAACAAUUUGGUUUUGAUUAAAUGAAAAAUUUAGCCCCAAAAUUUUGGAAUAAGAUUGGCCAAUUCAAAAGUUAACCUUAGAAAGAAAGGAGUGAAAUAUUUUGUCACUAUUUUGGGAUUGAUAUUUACAUAUUAUCCUCUUUGAAAGUUGGGCAGUUUUAAACAUAGUAUAAUUGUUCCCAUUGAAACCUGAAAAAAUAAAUAAAUUUUUAUUCAUUUCAUGGUUUUUAUGGGUUCUUCAGUAAUAAUUUACAGAGUCUCAAGUCUCUUUAAUUAGAUGUGUAUACAUCUUUGUGAUAUACAUACAUUAUUUGAUUUAAAACUAUGUACCAGCAACACUGAUGUAUGACCUAAUAAAAUAUUACAGUUUC